UAGUCGCCGGCAGGCCCGGCCCAGGCGCACUGUGCUCCCAUUCUCUCAUUUCGGCAGCCGGCUUCGCCCUGCGCCGCCCCGCCCCGCCCGGCCCCCUGUGCCCCUGUGCCCCUGUGCCCCGACGGCUCUGACCGCGACCCCGCACCGAGAUGGGGGCGCUGUUCCGGUCCGAGCACAUGGUGCUCUGCCAGCUCUUCAUCCAGCCCGAGGCGUCCUACUCGUCCGUGUCCAUGCUGGGCGAGGCCGGCGUCGUGCAGUUCCGGGACCUCAACUCCAACGUCAACCUGUUCCUGCGGAAGUUCGUGGGCGAGGUGCGGCGCUGCGAUGAGCUGGAGAGGAAGCUGCGCUACAUCGAGGCCGAGGUGAAGAAGGACGGCGUGCCCACGCCCGACCCCGACGUCGUCCCCAAGGCGCCCAUCCCCAGGGAGAUCAUCGACCUGGAGGCGCACCUGGAGAAGACGGAGAACGAGAUUGUGCAGCUCAGCCAGAACGCCGUCAACCUCAAGAGCAACUUCGUGGAGCUGCAGGAGAUGAAGCACGUGCUGGAGAAGGCCCAGGUGUUCCUGACGGAGGAAUAUGGUCUGUUUGCAGCUCCGUUUGUGUUACAGCAAGAGGGGUCGGACUCAAGCCGUGCGCUCAUUGGCGGCGACGACCGCGGACGCCUCGGGUUCAUCGCCGGGGUGAUCCAGCGCGAGCGCGUGCCCGGCUUCGAGCGCAUGCUGUUCCGCGUGUCCCGCGGCAACGUCUUCCUGCGCCAGGCCGAGCUGGAGGAGCCCAUCGAGGACCCCGCCACGGGCAACGAGAUCCACAAGUCGGUGUUCGUGGCCUUCUUCCAAGGCGAGAACCUCAAGUCGCGGGUGAAGAAGGUGUGCGCCGGCUACCACGCGUCCACCUACGCCUGCCCCAACACGGCCGCGGAGCGCGAGGACCUGCUGCAGCGCCUCCGGACGCAGCUGGAGGACCUCAACAUGGUGCUGGGCCAGACCCGCGACCACCGGCACCGCGUGCUGGUGUCCGUCGGCAAGGAGGUGACCAAGUGGGGCGUGAUGGUGCGCAAGAUGAAGGCCAUCUACCACACGCUCAACAUGUUCAACAUGGACGUGACCAAGAAGUGCCUGAUCGGCGAGUGCUGGGUGCCGUCCGCGGACCUGGGCAUCGUGCGGCAGGCCCUCACGGAGGGAGGGAAAGCCGUGGGCAGCUCCAUCCAGUCGUUCGUGAACAUCAUCGAGACGCCCGAGAACCCGCCCACCUUCAUCCGCACCAACAAGUUCACGGCGGGCUUCCAGACCCUGAUCGACGCCUACGCCGUCACCAGCUACCGCGAGGUGAACCCAGCCCUGUACACCAUCGUCACCUUCCCCUUCCUGUUCGCCGUCAUGUUCGGCGACCUGGGCCACGGCUUCAUCGUCACCCUGUUCGCCGGCUACCUCUGCAUGUGCGAGCAAAAGCUGUCCAAAAUCAAAGACGGCGGCGAGAUCUGGAACAUCUUCUUCGGGGGCCGCUACAUCAUCCUGAUGAUGGGCGUGUUCUCCAUGUACACGGGCCUCGUCUACAACGACGUGUUCUCCCUGUCCAUGAACAUCUUCGGCACGGCGUGGAGCGCCACGCGCUACAACGAGUCCACGCUCAUGACCCACAGGCACCUCACGCUGGACCCGGCCACCGAGGACUACGCGCAGACCCCCUACGUGCUGGGCAUGGACCCCGUGUGGCAGACGGCGCAAAACAAGAUCAUUUUCCUCAACUCGUUCAAGAUGAAGAUCUCCAUCAUCAUCGGCGUGGUGCACAUGGUGUUCGGCGUGUCUCUCAGCGUCGUAAAUAAUGUCCAGAACCGCAAGUACCUGAACAUAAUCCUGGAAUUCGUUCCCCAAAUUCUUUUCCUGCUGCUCUUGUUCGGAUACAUGGCGAUGCUCAUGUUGUGGAAAUGGGUCCAGUACUACGCCACCUCCGACCCCGCUCAGAUCAAGGCGUCUCCGUACUGCGCGCCGUCCGUGCUCAUCUCCUUCAUCAACAUGAUGCUCUUCAGCGAGAACCCCAUCGUCAAGGACUGCGACCAGUACAUGUUCGCGUCGCAGGGCUCGGUGCAGAAAGUCCUGGUGCUGGUGGCCGUGGCGUGCAUCCCCUUCAUGCUGAUGGGCAAGCCCAUCGCCAUCCUGCUGGCCAGGAGGAAGCCCAAACACGACAAGCGUUCGCGCAGCAACGGCGACGUGACCCAGGGCCUGGAGCUGCAGGCCGCCGAGGACGGCGUGGCGCUGGCCCAGGAGGCGCCCAGCCACGGCUCGCACGAGGAGGACGAGCCCUUCAGCGAGAUCAUGGUGCACCAGUGCAUCCACACCGUGGAGUACGUGCUGUCCACCGUCUCCCACACCGCGUCCUACCUCCGCCUCUGGGCGCUCUCGCUCGCACACGCUCAGCUCUCCGACGUGCUGUGGAGCAUGAUCUUCCGCAAGGGCAUCAUGGCCGGGCAGGAGCUGGAGGGCACCAGCAUGAUCCUGGGCGGCCUCUUCAUCUACCUGUCCUUCGGCGUCUGGUCCUUCUUCACCGUCGCCAUCCUCGUCCUCAUGGAGGGCCUCUCCGCCUUCCUGCACACGCUGCGACUGCACUGGGUGGAGUUCAUGAGCAAGUUCUACGUGGGCGCGGGCUACGCCUUCCAGCCCUUCGCCAUCAACGACAUCCUGGUGCAGGAGAACAGCGACGACUAGAAGACCGUCGUGUUCCUCGUAGUACCGAGUUACCGCGUCGCGAGCCAUCACCCCCAUGCUCACCCGACCACGCUCACCACAUUAGCCUAAGUUAUAUACGAGAGCCGGCGAUUUGGGACUUUGACUGCCCGCAAGUCGCAAUCAGAAUAAUCAAUUCAUCGUUGCACGAACAAAGAGAAAGCCACUCCGUCUGGAUGCCUUGCACUGCCAGCCUCUUUCUCGUGUUUUAGUUAGCGUUUUCCAAUUAUGCUGUUGUAUUCUCAUUCCACGAGGACGUCCAGUUUGUGUGAUUUAGUGUUCAUUAGCGUAGAGGCGCAGACCAAAUAAAGUCAUUUCCGUCACU